AUGACGAUGAAAUCGCUGAAGUACAGCGAAAGGGAUGACAUGAUGGAGGGUUUCAGCCCUGUACCUCCGCCUCUACCACGACGCCAACCUGUUAGGAACAUCUAUGCUGAGCCCUUCGUAGAUCCUAGAUUGGCCGGAUCGGGCAUGCCAAGUGGAAUGGGAGGCGGUACGCUUGGCAGCGGUCACUGCCAACUGGCUAACCAGCCACUGGUGAUGCCCGUGUUCCCGCUGCGAGCCACACAACCAAGUCCCGUGCCCGUCUAUUCACCUUCCCGCUUCCACAUAGACAAGCGAUGCCAACAUCGAUGCACAUGGAAAUGUCUCGCCAUAUCUUUGAUAUGCCUAUGCGUAAUACUAGCGGCAAUGCUCGCUUACUUUAUAGCAUUAUCGUCAAUUAAAAGUAACAUAGACAAUCCGAAUUGUAUUCUGGUACAGGAUGUUAAAGCAGUAACACACGCACAGGGAAUUAGAGAUUCUUUAUCAACGUCUUCACCAUCUGAUGAAUCAAUAUCCACCUCUUCCUUGGGCGGCUGGUCAUCUACAGCGGAAGCUUCAAUAGAGUCUGCAAUCAUUCCUCAGCAAGCGCAGCAAGCCGCACCUCCUCCUUGGUCACCAGCUUUAGAAGUUAGGGAUUUCGAUGAAUUACACAGCGCUACAAUACCAGCUUAUCAGUUCUGGAGUUCUGAAUUCCGCAACAAACAACCAGCUUACGUUAGUCUCAACUUUACUGUACCUUGGGGCGCCAAUUUUGCUGUUUAUGGUAGAAGAAAUGUAGCUCCGAGUGUAACUCAAUACGAUUUUGUUGAAUUUAUACGUGGCGGAAGAGUCGACCAUAGAUUACGAAGAAGAAGGAGUGCACAUAAAACUAACACAUUCGAACAUUCUUUUGAUAACUGGGAUGCUUUGCUAGGCACAAUCAGCCCAUUUCACAGAUGGAACCAUACGAUAAGCAAAAGAUCGACAGAUAUGAGAGUGAAUGUCAGUAUAUUGCAGUAUCUCGACACAGGAAGAUGGUUUAUAUCAAUAUAUAAUGAUGAACUCCAACCUCAUAGCGUGGAAAUGAUUGUGUCCGAAGCUGAAGGUGUAACUAACUCUUGUCCAGAUGACUGCUCAGGGCAUGGAUCAUGUUACCUUGGAAAAUGCGAAUGUAUGGACGGCUUUGAGGGUCACGACUGCUCUAAAAGUGUGUGCCCAGUAUUAUGUUCCGGUCAUGGCGCUUACGCAGGGGGAAUUUGCCAUUGUUCUGAAGGCUGGAAAGGAGCUGAAUGCGAUAUACCUGCGCACGAUUGCGAACCAGCUGACUGUUCCGGCCGCGGACAAUGUAUUGCUGGCCAUUGUCAUUGCAAGCCGGGAUGGAAAGGACCUAAGUGCGAUGAAGAGGACUGUUUGGACCCGACAUGUGGCGGCCAUGGCUCUUGUGUUCGCGGACGAUGCGUUUGUCGUGCGGGUUGGCGCGGUGCGGCAUGCAGUGAACGUGAUGCCCGAGUACAACGUUGCUUACCAGCAUGCUCCCAACGAGGCGUAUAUGAUCUCGAUGCUGGUAGAUGUGUGUGUGAUCCUUUAUACACUGGUGAUGAUUGUUCUCAGGUGGUCUGCUCGCUGGACUGUGGACCACAUGGCGUGUGCGCGGAAGGUGUAUGUCGUUGUGAUGAGGGCUGGACCGGGUCGUUAUGUGAUCAACGUCCAUGUGACAUUCGAUGUCACGAGCAUGGCCAAUGCAAAAACGGAACAUGCGUUUGCACGCAAGGGUGGAAUGGCAGGCACUGCACGUUACCUGGCUGUCCAAACGGUUGCUCUCGGCACGGUCAGUGUCUCUUAGAGGAUGGAGUCUAUCGCUGCUCGUGUGCUGAUGGUUGGGCCGGUACGGACUGCUCUAUCGCCCUAGAACUCUCCUGUAGCGAUAACGAAGACAAUGAUGAAGAUGGCAUGACGGACUGCUCGGACUCGGAAUGCUGCAGUCGGCCAGAAUGCGCUGAACACAUCAUGUGCCUCGCUUCAAACGACCCGGUAGAAGUGCUACUUCGCAAACAACCACCUUCAGUCACCGCUUCAUUCUAUCAACGUGUCAAAUUCCUCAUAGAAGAAAACUCAGUUCAGAGCUACGCGCACAUGGACGAAUAUUCAGAGAGCCGUGUGUCGGUGAUGCGAGGGCAAGUUGUCUCGCCACAAGGGCUUGGUAUCAUCGGAAUACGGGUGUCCGUCGAUAGAGAGGCGCGGUUUGGCUUCACCCUCACUCGACAGGGCGGAUGGUUUGAUGUGCUCGUGAAUGGUGGUGGAGCAGUAACCUUACAAUUCCAACGAUCUCCUUUCAAACCACUGCGCAGGACGGUAUUUGUUCCAUGGAAUCAAAUAGUCGUACUUCCUCCCGUGCAACUGGAACUCAGCGAUGACAGCGUUAAAGUGCCUACGCCCAGAGCACCGCCUCGAUUAGACUGGUCACCAGUGCCACAAUGGUGGGAAGCGGAAACCCCACCGUGUGCAGCUCAUGAUCACGAGAGGCUUCGACCUGAGGUCGUUGCAAUGCCCCCACUGGCCUCGCCUGCUGCUUCGUCUGCUACAACUACUACAGUUAUAUAUCCUGAAGCUCAGAUCGUAAGUGAAUCCAUUGGGAUACCUGGCUCAACAGUAAAACUGACCUAUCGCUCGUCGCAAGCAGCCGGCUAUUUGUCUUGUGUUCACGUCCAACUGACACGACGCGUUGUACCCGCGUCUCUGGCACGGGUGCAUGUUCGCGUCGAAAUUGAGGGUUCCCUUCACACUCAUACAUAUGAAGCAGAUCCUGAUCUAACCCAUAUUUUCGCAUGGAACAAAAGAAAUGUUUACAAGCAAAAGGUAUAUGGUCAAGCGCAAGCAAAAGUCUCAAUCGGUUACGAAUACUCCUCUUGUUCUUCUGUUGUGUGGGAAACACAAACUGCUAUUCUGGCCGGGUUCGAUGUCGAUAUUUCAGAUAUCGGAGGUUGGGGCCUUGAUAUUCAUCAUCAUUAUAAUUUCCACGAAGGAAUACUACAAAAGGGCGAUGGAGCUUUAUUACACUUAAAACAGUAUCCUAGAACUGUACAGGUUGUAAUGGGUACUGGACUUCAACGGUCCUUGGAAUGCCCCGAUCAUUGCAAUGGGAAAGCAGCUGAUUCUCGUCUUCUAACCCCAACAGCGUUAACUUCCGGACCAGAUGGCUCACUUUAUGUUGGAGAUUUCAAUUUAGUACGCCGAAUCACUCCUGAAGGCGUUGUUACUACUGUAUUACAAUUAGAGACCACUCAAGUUGCCUAUCAAUACUAUAUAUGCAUAUCACCAGCAGAUGGAUAUCUUUAUAUAUCAGAUUCUGAGAGACAUCAGGUACGAAGAGUACUGGCACUAGAAAAAGUAAGAGACCCAUCAAUGAACUCAGAACCUGUAGUUGGCAACGGUGAUCGUUGUAUACCAGGAGACGAUACUAAUUGCGGCGAUGAAGGACCUGCAAUCAAAGCCAAAUUAGCUCAUCCCAAAGGGCUUGCUAUUGCGGCAGACAGAACAAUGUACAUUGCUGAUGGUACAAAUAUACGAGCAGUGGAUCCAAAUGGAAUAAUUCACACUUUAGUCGGCCACCACGGUCAUCAUAAUCAUUGGUCACCAGUUCCAUGUCGUGGUGCUAUACCUCCAUAUGAAGCUCAGUUGCAGUGGCCUACUGGUGUUGCUUUGUCACCUUUAGAUGGCUCGUUGUAUUUUAUAGAUGAUCGAAUAAUUUUAAAGCUUACCGUGGAUAUGAAAAUCAAAGUUGUAGCAGGUCAACCUUCUCAUUGUCGACUGGGAAGUGACGGAAAACCAAUCAGUAAGGUUACAAAUAAAACAAAUACGGAAUUCCGAGAAGAUUCUACUCUUGGAACGAUACAAGCCAUAGCGUUUGCCCCGAGUGGUAUUUUAUAUGUAGCCGAGUCUGAUUCUAAGAAAACAAAUACCAUUAAGUCAAUAGACCCGUCAGGAAAAAUUAUGCAUUUUGCUGGAAAGUUACAAGAAAAUUUGAAAGAGUUAAGUUGUGAAUGUAAUUUAACAGUUUCGGCCACAGUUAUUCCAAUAAACCCUCGUGAUGAAGGAGCAGGUUGUCCUUGUAAGUUAAGCGUAAUCGCAGGAGAUGAACCGCCAACAAGCACUGAAACUUUAUUGUCUUCUAAUGCUAAAUUUCAAACAAUUUCUGCUCUUGCUGUAACGCCAGAUGGCGUUCUUAAUGUUGUUGACCAAGGUUCUCUACAUAUAUUGGCAUUAAAACACUAUUUACCAACACAUGAUGAAAAUGGUGAAUUCAGAAUUCCAUAUCCUCCAACUUCCGAAAUUUAUGUGUUUAAUCGCUAUGGGCAACAUAUUACCACUAAAGACUUGACUUCCGGCAAAACAAGAUAUUCAUUUUUAUAUUCAAAGAACACAAGCUUUGGAAAAUUGUCGACUGUGACAGACGCUUCGGGAAACAAAAUACAACUACUAAGGGACUAUAGCAACAUUGUAAGCUCUAUAGAAAAUACUCAAGACCAUAAGCUUGAACUGAAAAUAUCGGGAAUUGGAUACCUAACAAAAAUAACAGAAAAAGGAACAUCGGAGAUAGAAUUAGAUUAUGAUGCCAAUACGGGACUACUUAAUAGCCGAUCAGGCGCUGGAGAUACUGUAAUCUACAACUAUGAUGAAUUGGGACGAGUAACUAAGAUUAUAAUGCCUUCUGGGGAACAAGUGCACAUAACAUCUGGCCUGGCUAAAAAUUACGGCUUAGCGGUAACGGUUUCAAACCCCUCAAGCUCAAUUCCAGUAGGAGUAGCGAAGAAAUGUGAAUAUGUUCUGCAUGGCCAAUCUUUCAAACAAAUUACUAUAAACAAUGGUAAGCAAAUUACUGAGGGUCGGAUUUACUCAAACAACACUUUAGUAAUUGAAACACCGUGGUCCGGUAAAUUCGAAAGUAUUGCAGCAGCAAAACAUCCAUUGCUGGAAGCAGCUCUUCCUAUUGAAGCUGAGAUGCUUCAUAUGUGGUCUCAUCAAAGUACCACGUUUGGAGACGGAUUAGUAAAUAACAUGUACUCCUUAUACACUUUGGUAGGAGAUGUUAGAAAUCCACAACAAACACUUAAUCGCGAAAUAUGGGUAAACGAUUCUCGAGUUUUAAUCAUUGAAUUCGAUCAAUUCAAAAGCCGUGAGACAUUUUUCAGUGCCGACAGAAAUCCUCUUUUCACAAUUGCAUAUGAUGUAGCAGGAUUACCUCUAUCUUUCACACCUCACGGAGCAGGUGUACCAUUAAACAUUUCAUAUGAUCACUUCAAUAGAAUAAACGGUUGGAAAUGGGGUGAAAGCGAAGAGACAUAUAACUACGAUCCCCAUGGUAUGUUAUCAGAAAUCACAAGUACCCAAGAUGGCACUAAAUUUAUAUAUUACAACGAAGGAAAUCUUGUGGCAAAGAUCACGUUAGCUAGUCAAAGAAGCUUUAAGUAUUUAUACGACAGUGACGGCGGGUUAACGCAUGUAGUUUUACCCUCAGGAACGAAUCAUUCCUUUAGUGUACAGCCCUCAAUUGGAUUCUUAAGAGUAACUUACACGCCACCUGGUUCCUCGAAAAAAUAUUUACAACAUUACUCUCACACUGGAGAAUUAUUGCAAACCGUGUUUCCUGGCGACGGUGCUCGGGUUAUUUAUCGAUAUUUCACAAGUAAUAAAGUAUCUGAAGUUGUCCAUGGAGAUGGCCAAACACAAAUUCAUUACUCUGAGAACAGUGGUCUCCCUUCUGAAAUAUUACACGUAGAUAGAGAUGUAGACUAUCGAUGGGAGUCAACUUAUGCUGGUGGACUUUUAAUGGAAGAAAGACUAGACUAUGGAGCUAAAACUGGCCUCAGUAAUGCAAAAAUUAUAUAUGAUUACGACAGUAAUUACAGGGUAAUAUCUAUACAAGGGAGAAUAGGCGGACAAACGUUGAUACCCCAUCAUAUUGUUUAUAAUAGCAAAACAGGCGCCCCAGAAAUAUUAGGUCAAUUUACGAUGUCAAAACAAAAAUGGAAUGAAACAUCCGUAUACGAUGGAAUCGCUAUGUUCUCACGUGUAAUAAAUGAUCAGUUCUUAGAAAAAGAAGUAACUGUGAAUAUUCACAGAAUGGAAGUUUUUCGAAUGGAGUUCUCCUAUGAUAAACACGGAAGAAUAUCUCAAACUAGAACUCAUACAAGAAAUGUUGGUGUCAACACCUACACAAAUGUUAAAAAUUAUACUUGGGACUGUGAUGGACAGUUAACUGGAGUAGAGGCUCAAGAACCUUGGGGAUUUAGAUAUGACGAUAACGGGAACAUGCUUUCACUAACUUAUAGAGGAAACACUAUUCCUAUGGAGUAUAACGAUAUGGAUCGAAUCAUUAAAUUCGGCGAGGGCCAGUAUCGUUAUGACAGCCGCGGUUUAGUGUCACAGAAUGCUAGAGAGGAACGAUUCCAGUACAACUCAAAAGGCUUAUUGAUCAGAGCAACUAAGCGAGGAAGAUUUGACGUCCGUUAUUAUUAUGACCACCUAGAUAGACUCUCUACGAGAAAGGACAACUUUGGAAACGUAACACAAUUCUUUUACACUAACAAAGAAAAACCUCACGAGGUCAGCCAUAUAUAUUCACCUCGAGAAAAUAGAUUUAUGACUCUUGUUUAUGACGACAGGGGUCACCUUAUAUACACUCAGGUGGCUCGGCACAAGUAUUAUAUAGCAACAGAUCAAUGUGGAACGCCAGUCAUGGUAUUCAAUCAGUACGGAGAAGGCAUUAGAGAAAUAAUGAGAUCACCUUAUGGACACAUUGUGUACGAUUCUAAUCCAUACUUAUACUUACCAGUAGACUUCUGUGGAGGAUUGUUGGACCAAGUAACGUCAUUAGUACAUAUGGCAAACGGAAAGGUGUACGAUCCUUUAAUUGGCCAAUGGAUGUCACCAUUGUGGGAAAAUCUGAUUGAAAGAAUACAUAACCCAACUCAAUUGCAUCUUUAUAGAUUCAAUGGCAAUGAUCCUAUUAACGUACGACCCCAACAUAAAAAACCAACAGAUCAUUUAUCCUGGCUGGAAUUACUGGGCUACGAUACGAAGAGUUUGGCGCCGCAACUUUAUCCUGAUGAACUGCCAGGUGGAUCCGUACUGCCAAGUAUUCCACGAGGACGUCCUGUAUGGGGCUCCGCACCAGUGGACAGCAAUCCAGGCUUACCUUCUGCUAUGUCGCUACUCCCGAGUGUUUCUAUUGAAUCCGGUUUCUUGUCCCACAUGUCUAACAAGAGAAUAGCUGACUUUAGAAGCCUUUCCAUACCGGCUAUGUCGGCUCUCAAGACGGACGCCCUUAAUUUAGCGCCGAAGAGGAUCGGCUCUGACUCAGAACCACCAUUUGGCCGAGGCAUUUUAGUAUCACGGAAUUCAAGAGGUCGAGCCGUCGUCUCGACCGUGCCAUCAGCUAAUGCCAUCUAUCGCGAUGUGUAUACCUCCGUUUUCAACCGAUCUCAUCUUCUGCCUUUCUCGUUCGUCGUUCACGGGGAUCAGCAAGACGUGUUCUAUUUUGUGAAAGAAGACACGUGGAGAGCUGCUGACGAUAAACAGCAACUUAAACGAAUGCAGGGCAAAUUGAACGUGACAUUCCACGAAGUAGCCGAAGGAGGACGAUCGUAUGCCGACGUAAAAAUCCAUGGUCAAACUAGCAUUGUCAAUCUGCGAUACGGUACAAGCGCAGAAAGAGAACGACAACGUCUGCUGCACCAUGCUCACGUUGCUGCAAUAAGAAAGCUUGGCAUAGAGAACGUGAAGCAUUACGAAGCGGGUUAG